AUGCAUGAAUUCCAACAGCUUCAUGUUUGUGGGAAAGAGGAGGUUCUGACAGAACAGCAGGUCUUUAACCAGGAGAUGAUCUCCAGUGUGGACCAGGAGGAUCCAGAGCCUCCACAGAUAAGAGAGAGACAGGAGGAGGAGCCCUGCAGCAGUCAGGAUGGAGAGCAGCUGGGAGUGAAGCAGGAGGCUGACGGCGUCAGAACUGAUGAUGAGUGGCUCAAACUGCUGGCGACCACCUGGAAACCCGAGAUAAAGCUUCACAGAAUAGACGUCCAACAACUACAUGUCUGUGAGGAGGCGGAGGAGGAGGAGGAGCCACUCGCAAACCAGCCAAUCUAUAGCGAGGUGAGGAGCUCCAGUGUAGACCAGGAGGACCCAGACCCUCCACAGAUUAAUGAGGAACAGGAGGAUCUCUGCAGCAGUCAGAAGAGAGAGCAGCUGGGAGUGAAGCUGGAGCCUGAUACCUUCAUGGUGACUCCUGCUUAUGAGGAAAGUGACCACAGUGAAGCAGAACCAAACAGUGAACAAAUCUCUCACAGCUCUGCUGAGAGCGAAGAUCAGGAAGAAAGCCACCAUGUGGACUUGGGGUCACCUGAAAAUGCAGAGGUGAAGAAAAGGAGACAUUGCAGAAAGAAAAGUGAUAGUAAGAGAGUAAAAAAGGCUGCUGUGUCAGAGAGUCAGGGUCAAAGUGGGACAAGAAAAAAGACUGAACAAUGUGACAUAUGUGGAAAAGCUUUUCUGUUUAAGUCACGCCUGAUUGCACAUGUUAGAGUUCACACAGGUGAGAAGCCUUAUUUGUGUAGCACCUGUGGGAAAGUAUUCAAUUACAAGUCAAAAUUGGUUGUUCACACAAGGGUUCACACAGGUGAGAAACCAUAUUCUUGUAGCAUCUGUGGUAAAACGUUUCUCCUUAGAUCCCUUCUGACUACACAUUUUAGAGUUCACACAGGUGAGAAGCCAUAUUCCUGUAGCACCUGUGGGAAAAUGUUCGCUUCCAACUCAAAAAUGAAUGCUCACAGAAGGGUUCACACAAGUGAGAAGCCAUAUCCUUGUAUGACAUGCGGAAAAACUUUUAAGAGUACAAGCAACCUGAAAAUACAUGUCAGAAUUCACACGGGUGAGAAACCUUAUCCUUGUAUCACCUGUGGGAAAGAAUUUAGUCAAUGGAUUAACAUGAAUCGUCACAUGAGGUGUCACACAGGUGAGAAGCCAUAUAGUUGCAGCACUUGUGGAAAAAGUUUCCCUCAUCAAUCAGGAUUGAAAGCUCAUACAAAUUCACACAAGGGAAUGAAGGCUGUAGAAUCUGUGGAAAAGGAUUUUGUUAAUGAGAUACGAUAAUUGAUAUUGCUUAAAAGUGUUAUAUUUAGAAAAUGUGGGACAGAGUCAUAGCAGUGUGUUGGUAGUAGAGCUCACACUGACCAGGAGUCAAAUCAUUACAACACCUGAGUGAAAAGAUGACCAAUAUUUAAAUCAGCAUUUUCUGUCCAGAGCAGUAAAAACGCUCAGCAUUCUUUAUUCAGUUCAUUACAUUAUUCUUAUAAUUGUAUCAGGGAAGCCCUGAUCUUACAUUUAAUGAUAGUUAAAAUUCAGUGUGCUCCUUUUCUUCCAGAUCAUUGUUUGGUUCUUUUGUUUAUCAACGUGUGUUAAAUUUUAAAUAAAUAUUUAAUUCAUUAAAAUAACUUAUUUUUGAAGGGCAAUCGCUAACAUAUGUAAGCAGCAUAAAAGACAGUUCUGUCUCAUUUCAGAGUUUUUCUUUGUUUUGUUGUUUUUUAAAGAGAUGUACAAACAGAUGUUGUUUUAUUUUUGUUUUUUUUUAAAUUUAGAGAACAUGCAGCACAAAAGUGAUUCAAUUAGUGUUUGUUUAUUUGUGUGUUGUAACAAUGCUUUUUGAUAAUAAAUCCUAUACU